UCGAGGUAGGAUGGUCAGCACUCAGCAGCAGGAAAGAAGCUUCCCUCCUUCUCUUCCAAAAGAAAGAGAAAUGUUUUCCUUCUCACCUGCACUGCAUAUAAUACUGAGCAACGGACGGUUGCAAGAUCUUCCUUCGUUUCUUUCUACAGCACCCCCAUAUACAUUGUAAAGUCGAGAUGCUUCCCGGCGUUGAAUGUGCCCGAAGGAGAAGGCUCUAUCAGAGCCGAGGACAGCCUGACUCGCUGGUCGUCGCUACUGCCGCCGCUGCCAUGGCUACUCCAAGACGGCCCUCGUUCUGCCUCUACCCGACCCACCAUGCCGCGACCUCCUCUUCUUUUCUAAGUAGGAACAUAAUCAACCAAGCAUAUGGAGAUGAGGAGGAACUGGGAGGAGUGGCAAGGGAAGCCAAGCAGAGACUGGAUGAGAGGUUGAGAACUCACAGGAAACCAGAAACCAUGAGAAGGCACGACGAUGGUGAAAGCUCGAGAGCAAGGAAAUUGCAAUUGCAGACAGUGGUUCAUGGAAUGCAGAGUGUCGGCCGAGGCGGCGGUUCUUCCACUUCGAAGAGGUUCAGCUGGGGCAAGAUGAGGAGGUGGAGAGCCACGGACCAAGAUGAGUGCGCCAUUUGCCUGGAGAGGUUCGAGGUCGGCGAGACCCUGGUGCACCUACCCUGUGCGCACCGGUUCCACUCUAGGUGUUUGGUCCCGUGGCUUGAGGCUCAGGCUCAUUGUCCCUGUUGUCGAAUGGGCAUCUCCACAUAGUCAUACAGCGAUAACUUCCGUGCAACUUCCUUCGUUUGAAAUGAUGCGUAACUAGGAGAAAAUAGUGUUGCAGUCAACAACAUGAUCGAAUCAUGCAGGCCGGCUUAAACAUGUACUACUUUUAUAUUGUGUUAAUUGACCCUU